AUGGAUACUUACGUGUCGGAACAAGAAAUUACUUACGAAUUAAUAAGAAAGAUCGGGAUAAACUUAAAGAAGCAAGGAAAAUCACGUAUUACGAAAGGCUAUGUACAAGCUAGAAUUGAUACAUUGAACGAGUAUUGGCAGAAAUUUCAAACAAACCAUUUCCAAAUCUUGAAAUAUGCAACUACGGCUCAGAAAAAGGAGCAUAAUUACUUCACAACCGACUUGUACUCCAAUGGAGAAGAAGAGUAUUUUGUGAUUAAAGGAGAGUUAUCGGAUACUAUCGAGCUAUUCAACAAAUCCGAAACUUUGAGUGAGCAACCGCAAUCGCAACCGCAAUACAAGUCAACGUCGGAAGUAAACAAGCAUUCUACGCAAGAGGUGAAGCUUCCAAAAGUGAUCCUGCCCCAAUUCUCUGGAGAUUAUCAAGAAUGGACGUCAUUUAGAGACCUGUACACGUCGCUCGUUCAUAAUAAAACAUCGCUGAGCAAGGUACAAAAACUUCAUUACCUGAAAUCAAGUGUCACCGGUGAAGCUGAACAAUUAUUGAAGCAUCUGCAAAUAACCGAGAAAAACUAUGAUGUUGCAUGGGAAACUUUAGACAAGAGGUACAACAACAAACGCAUGAUAGUAAAUACCAUCUUGAAUAGAUUUAUGAAUCAAAAGAAAGUGUACAACGGCACAUCUAGAUCUAUCAGAGAGCUACUCGAUACUACCCAAGAAUGCCUGAACAGCCUUAAAAACAACGACGUAAAGAUUAACGAGUGGGAUACUAUCGUGAUUCACAUUAUACUCAACAAAUUGGAUGACGAGACGCGCAAACAGUGGGAAGAGGAGAUAAAAGCGCUACCUGUACAAGAGUUGCCGAAACUAGAGAAGUUUACAACCUUCUUAGAGACACGUUUCAGAGUGUUAGAAAUGGUUCCAUCUACAACCUAUUCGAAGGACAGAGAGAGAGCUAUCGUGAGACAGAGAUCCUUUCUAACAAGCCCCGCUACAACUACAAUACAGUGUUCCUACUGCAAACAAAACCACUUCACCUAUCUAUGCAAAGAAUUUGCAAACCUAGAUGUCAACAACAGAGUUCAACAUGUCCAAAAGGAAAGACUUUGCUUUAACUGCAUGUCAUCAAAACAUAAUGUGAAAAAUUGUAAAUCCAGAGUAUCUUGUCAUCAUUGCCAAAAAAGACAUCAUUCUUUACUUCAUUUUGAAAACCAACCAACUGAGAAGAGAGAAAAUCCAAUACAAUCUACAUCGAGAGAAACCGCUACAAAUUUGAGAGAAGAGACUACUACAAAACCUUCAGAUACACCAAAAAUAAGAAACUACCUUAUCACUCAGAAUCAUACUGCGCUCAUGGCUACCGCACUAGUAAACAUUAAGACUGGCCAUGGUAUACAAGUUCUACGAGCACUCAUUGAUCCCUGUUCACAAGAAUCAUUUAUAAGUGAAGCAACUGUCAAACAAUUACAGCUGCGAAGAAAACCAGCUGAUGGAUUAGUUACCGGAGUGGGUCAUAUGUCAACAAGAAUCAAGUCCGCUACAGAUAUAGAAGUUUACUCAAGGUUCAAUGACAACUUCAAAGUCAACUGCACAGCCUACAUUGUUCAAGAUGUCACCGACAUUAUGCCUGAAGUCCCAAUCAGUCCACAGAAAUGGAGUCAUCUGCAAUACUUGUCACUUGCAGACCCAACUUACCAUACACCAAGCAACAUUGAUCUACUACUUGGAGUUCACAUCUACACAGACAUUUUGAUGAACGGAGUGAUUAAAGGAGAACCAGGUACUCCCAUAGCACAACAAACUCGCUUGGGAUACAUCCUGUCAGGAGGUCAGUUGAACAACAACCACAUGAGAGAGUUCAAAAGCAUGCAUCUGAACAUAACAUUAGAGAAGAUGGUAGAAAAAUUUUGGGAGACAGAGAUAUUAGAGUCAGAGGAAAACGACACUCUCACCCCACAAGAACUUCGAGCUGAGAACAUUUAUCAAGAUACAGUAGCAAGAGAUACAAACGGAAGAUACAUCGUAUCACUUCCAUUCAAGUGUGACAAACCUACUUUACCAGAGAAUUCUAGAGAAAUCGCACUGAGAAGAUUCAUGAGCACUGAGAGAAGAUUAGAAGCAAACACAAAAUUGAGAGAAUCCUACAAUGAGGUCAUGAGAGAGUACAUAAUGUUACAACAUAUGGAAUUAGUUGAACGAGAUGAACCUAUGAGAGAGCCAGACAGAAGAGUAUACCUGUCACAUCAUCCUGUGAUCCGUGAAGAUAGAGACACUACUAAGCUUCGGGUAGUUUAUGAUGCUUCAUGCAGAGGAGCCAACGGAGUAAGCCUCAACUCAGAACUGCUAAUUGAUCCUUGUAAGAAGAGAAGACACAGACUUUCAGAGAAUACUUUGGAGAUUCAGCCCUGA